AAGUAACACAUAAGAUAUAGCAUAAGUAAGCCAAAUACAGAGAGUAUUACAUGCAAAGCAGAGAGAAAAGAGAAAUAAUCAUCAAAAAUGCCGAGUCAAGAGGUUGUUACAACAAAAGUUGUGGUUCAUCCACUGGUAUUAUUAAGUGUCGUGGACCAUUUUACUCGUAUGGGAAAAAUAGGUAAUCAAAAACGUGUUGUAGGUGUUUUACUUGGAUCUUGGCGAGCUAAAGGAGUAUUAGAUGUGUCAAACAGUUUUGCAGUUCCUUUUGACGAAGAUGACAAGGAUAAAUCAGUAUGGUUUCUUGAUCAUGACUACCUUGAGAAUAUGUUUGGAAUGUUUAAAAAAGUUAAUGCUCGUGAAAAAGUCGUUGGAUGGUAUCACACUGGUCCUAAACUCCAUCAAAAUGACGUAGCAAUAAACGAAUUGAUCAGAAGAUAUUGCCCUAACUCAGUUCUUGUUAUUAUUGAUGCUAAACCAAAAGAUCUUGGCCUUCCUACUGAGGCGUAUCAAGCUGUCGAAGAAGUUCAUGAUGAUGGAUCACCCACAUCGAAAACUUUUGAGCAUAUUCCCAGUGAAAUUGGUGCUGAAGAAGCUGAAGAAGUUGGUGUAGAGCAUUUACUAAGAGAUAUCAAGGAUACAACUGUUGGCACAUUGAGUCAAAGAAUUACUAAUCAACUACUUGGACUCAAGGGUAUUCAUGCACAACUUCGUGAAAUUAAAGAUUACUUGAUUCAGGUUAGCACUGGAAAACUCCCUAUCAAUCAUCAAAUUGUAUAUCAACUUCAGGAUAUAUUUAAUUUACUUCCUGAUAUGACCCAAAAUACUUUCGUAGAUUCAUUAUAUAUAAAAACUAACGAUCAAAUGUUAGUAGUGUACUUAGCCGCGCUUGUCAGGUCUAUAAUCGCUUUGCACAAUCUUAUAAAUAAUAAGUUGACGAACCGUGAUGCCGAGAAAAAAGAAACGGAUAAGAAAACAGAUACAAAGAAAGAAGAAAAAAAAGAGGAUGAGAAAAAAGAUGAGAAAGAAAAAGCUAAAGCUAAGUGAUGAAUGAUUGGGACUUGAUUAAUUAAGAAACUAAAGAAUUUUCACGACAUCAUCUUAAAGAUAAAUUACAUUGGUCAUUGUUGCAUUUAUAUACAUUAAAUUGAAUUUGAAAAAUACAUUAAUAAAUAUUUUAAGUGUGAACCAUGACCAAUUGAUGAGUCUAAAAAAUAAUAAAUCUUAAUUUGAACUAAGUCCUAGUUCUUUGUACAUUUAUAAAUGUUCUUUUUUUAAACCGCAAUUAUCAACUCUUCGUCAACAUUAAAGAUAAUAAUAAUAAUAACAAUGACUUAUUAUCGUUGGCGUUUUAUUCAUCCUAAAAAUUUUUAAAUAAUCUAAACCAUCAGCCAAUGAAGAAAUAAAAAUAAUAAUA